AUGAAGAAAGACUUGGCCUGUGAGAGAUGGACAUUAUCGUUCGUGUUUUUGUGGACAUAUGUGCUGCCUUUUGCUCUUGGACAAAUCCGUUACUCUAUACCAGAGGAAAUGGCGAAGGGAUCCGUUGUUGGGAAUAUAGCAAACGAUCUUGGCAUUGAACUGAAGAGGCUUGUGUCCGGGAGAGCUCGUGUGUUCACAUCGGAUGGCAGUGAGUACGUUGGGCUGGAUAGAGAGAAAGGACAGCUGCUGGUGAAACAAAGAAUGGACCGAGAGCAGCUAUGCGGAGAUAUAGAAGCGUGUAGUCUCAGCUUUGAAGUCAUUCUAGAAAAUCCCAUGGAGCUUUAUAGUAUAACGAUUGAUAUACAAGAUGUAAACGAUAACAGUCCCAUUUUCCCCAAGAAUGAAAUAGACCAAGAAAUAAGCGAAUCCGCCAUACUGGGUACACGCUUUUCUUUGGCAGGCGCGAUUGAUGCCGAUGUUGGCUUAAACACGCUUCAAAAAUACAUUUUACAUCCGACAGAUCAUUUUGAAUUGAACGUACAGAGUAGUUCGGAUGGUACUAAGAACGUUGAAAUGGUACUGAAAAACACUUUAGAUAGAGAGAAGAAGGAGCAUCAUUAUCUUACGCUCACCGCGGUCGAUGGCGGCAGCCCACAAAGGUCUGGCACAGUAAAAAUCCACAUCACUGUUCUCGAUAUCAAUGAUAAUGCACCGGUGUUUAACCAAGCUGUGUACAAAGCAUCUGUCGCUGAGAAUUCAGCUAUAGGAACAUUAGUGACAACAGUGAGAGCGACUGACGCUGACGAGGGAGAAAAUGCUCAUAUUCAUUACUAUUUUGAGCAUGCUGCAGCGAAUGCGGUGGCAUUGUUUGCCAUUGAUGUUCAAUCUGGUCAAAUUACAGUCGCUGGACAAAUUGAUUAUGAAAAGCACAAGCAAUUUCAGAUUAAAGUAAUAGCUGAAGACAACGGUGGGUUAACUGGCGCAUGUAAUGUGAUUAUUGAUGUCACCGACGUAAAUGACAAUAUUCCAAAAAUAACUGCCAUGUCAUUCACCAGCGCGUUACCGGAAAACGCAGCACUGGGCACUGUCGUAGCUAUGUUGAAUGUCCAAGAUUUCGAUGCUGGUGACAAUGGAAAAGUAACUUGUUCCAUUGACCGCAAUUCUCCAUUUAAAAUAGUGCGGUCCUUAUCCACCUAUUACAACCUGGUGACAGAUUCAGCACUGGACAGAGAACAGCUACCCGAGUACAAUAUAACCGUCACAGCAGUGGAUGGAGGCACUCCUCCGCUCUCUAGCAGAGAGACACUGACUGUAAAGAUAUCAGACAUUAAUGACAAUGCUCCUCAGUUUGAACAGGACACAUAUGAUGUGUAUGUGAAUGAAAAUAACUCCCCAUCUUUGUCUAUAUUUACGGUAAAUGCUAAGGAUGCCGAUUGGGGUCCCAAUGCACGCGUAUCUUACUUUCUCGAGGAGGGGACUUUAAAUGGUGCCUCUCUUGCCUCAUAUAUUUCUAUAAACUCGGACACUGGAGUGAUAUAUGCAACUAAAUCGUUUGAUUAUGAGCAACUUAAAUCGUUUAAUAUAAAAAUUAAAGCACAAGACGGUGGUACUCCACCUCUUAGUACCAAUGCAACGCUGAAGAUCUUCGUACAGGAUCAGAAUGAUAACGCACCUCAGAUACUCUACCCAGUCCAAACCAGUAGCUCUGCUGUAGCUGAGAUAGUGCCUCGGUCAGCUGAUAUUGGCUAUCUGGUCACUAAAGUGGUGGCUGUAGAUGUGGACUCUGGACAGAAUGCCUGGCUCUCAUAUAAACUACAGAAAGCUGCAGACAGGCCGCUGUUUGAAGUGGGCGCACAGAAUGGAGAGAUCAGAACUGUGCGCCAGGUGACUGAUAAAGAUGCUGUGAAACAGAAACUCACUGUUAUAGUGGAGGACAACGGACAGCCCUCUCGCUCUGCUACAGUCACUGUGAACGUGGCAGUGGCCGACAGCUUCCCUGAAGUGCUGUCAGAGUUCACCGAGUUUACGCACGACAAGGAUUACAAUAACAACUUGACUUUCUUUUUGCUGCUGGCUCUCAUUGUAGUGUCGAUACUUUUCAUUUUCUCUGUCAUUGCGAUCAUAUCUGUUAAAAUCUACAGAUGGAGACAGAGAAAGUUAUUUUAUAAAUCAGCCAAUAAUCUCCCCGUCAUCCCUUAUUACCCAACAAUGUACUCUGACGGAACUUUGCACCAUACCUACAAUUAUGAAAUGUGCGGGACAACUGAUUCUAGAAUGAGUGACGUCAAGCCCAUGAGACCAUACAGUCAGAGCACGCUGGUGAGCCUGAGUCGACCUGGGACAGUUCAGAGGCAACAUAAGCAACAGCAGGCUGGGGAUGCUGACGAUAUCUCCCCUCAGGUGAGAAUUAUAUAGUAUUAAGGAACUAAUACAUUACGGGUUAUUUAAGCCUCCUCUGUUUUGGGCCUAUGUGAGGUGUGACAAUCAACAGUACCAACAUGUAUGCUAAGUAGGCUGAAAGAGAGGACACAUUAUUUUCUCUUGACAUCCAUGCCAGUUUACAUAGAUGCCAUGUUUGCGCAGGCCUACACAAAUCAA